GACGAGACGAAAAUCAUGCUGAGAGCCGUCGCUUUGUUGUCAUGCUUGGCUUCGGCCGCUGCCUUCGCACCAUCUGCUAUGCUCCCCAGGGCUACCCGUGCUGCUCGUGCCACCGGACCCUCCAUGCAGUUGUACAAGGACGGCUCCCUCCAGGGCAAGGGUGUUAACAUCAUCCCCAUCUUCCCCCGCCCCGCCUCCCUCGACGGAACUGCUGUCGGAGACCAAGGCUUCGAUCCCUUCGGCUUCUCGUCCUGGGUCAACAUGAAGUUCGUCAGGGAGGCUGAGAUCAAGCACGGCCGUAUCGCCAUGCUCGCCUUCGCCGGCAUCAUGGUCGAGGCUGCCGGCAUCAAGGCCCCCGGAGUCGAGUCUGUCUUCGGACCCACCAAGGACAUCUUUGAGAUCCACAACCUCGCUGUCGAGAAGGGCUCCAUGGGCCAGAUCCUCCUCUGGACCGGCUUCCUCGAGAUGGUCAUCGGCUGGCCUGCCAUGAACGAGAUGUUGAACGACCCCUCCUCCAAGCGUAUCCCCGGAGACUUCGGCUUUGACCCCCUCGGCCUCGGCAAGGGCAGCAUGGCUCGCAAGCAGCUCUCUGAGAUCAAGAACGGCCGCCUUGCUAUGCUCGCCGUCUCCGGCAUCGUCCACCACACCCUCAUCACCGGCAAGGGACCCCUCGGAUAAACUUGCAGUGAGGUAGUCGAAUAAACAGAGUGCGAAGAG